UUUCCCUGGCCCCGCCCCUUGCGUGGGGCGGAAGUGACGGAUUGUUGUUUCCGGAAGUGGUGGUCUGCGGAGGAUGGAGUCGGAGGGGUGCAGGGUGGCCUUCGAGCAGGACGGGGUUUUCCUGCACACCAGCCCCAAGCGCCACCCGGAUCAGGACUCGCUCAUCCCGGGGGUCAUCCGCAUCCUCGACAAGGGCUCAGAGCACCUGCUGCAGUGGACACCCCUGGAGGAAGGUGGUGAUGGUGCCCAGAUUGUUUUCUCCAAGAAGGAGCCCCCGGGUGCGGCCGAGGAGGAGCCCUUCGAUCCGGGCUACGAACCCGACUGGGCCGUGAUCAGCACCGUGAGGCCCCGCAGGCCGCAGGAGGAGCCCCCGGGCUCUGUGCCCCCGCCCAGCCCCCGGGCCCAGUGGGCCUUCACGCUCAGCCUGUCCGAGCUGCAGUCCAUCCGCCGGAGCCGGCCGGGCCUGGGCUGGUCCUACCUCAUCUUCAUCAGCCGGGAGAGCGGGUCCCUGCCCGCCCUCCACUUCCACCGCGGCGGCAGCAGGGCUCUGCUGCGGGCGCUCUGCAAGUACCUCAUCCUGGCCCUCUCCCCCAAGGACUCCCGGCUUUACCUGGUCUGCAGCCACGACUCGUACGCGCUGUCACAUGCCUUCGACGAGCUGCAGCUGUUUGACGAGAACUCCUCCAACCUGGUGUCGCGUUUCCUGCAGGACCCCUACACCGCCACUUUCGGGGGCUUCUCCAAAGUCACCAGCUUUUUCCGUGGGGCCCUGCACCACGAGGCCGGCACCCCCCUGCGGCCCCCGGGCGCCGCCGCCGCCACCAGCCUGGAGGAUGAGCCAGGCUUUGAGGUCAUCACGUGCCAGGUGCAGCUGGGGCCGCGGCCGGCCGUGUGCCGGGAGGCCCCGGUGACGGAGCAGGAGUGGGGGCAGCACGUGGACCCCGAGGGGCGCAUCACCCACCUGGACGGGCUCAAGAGGAGGAUCUUCGCUGGGGGCCUCAGCCCAGCGCUGCGCAAGGAGGCCUGGAAGUUCCUGCUGGGCUACUACAGCUGGGAGAGCAGCAGUGAGGAGAACCGGGCCCAGGCCCGGCGCCGAACGGACGAGUAUUUCCGCAUGAAGCUGCAGUGGAAGUCGGUGAGCGAGGAGCAGGAACGGCGGAACUCCCUGCUGCGCGGCUACCGCAGCCUCAUCGAGCGGGACGUGAGCCGCACCGACCGGAGCAACAAAUUCUACCAGGGCAGCGAGAACCCGGCGCUGGUCCUGCUUCACGACGUGCUCAUGACGUACUGUGUGUACAACUUCGACCUGGGCUACGUGCAGGGCAUGAGCGACCUGCUCUCCCCCAUCCUCUACGUCACCCAGAACGAAGUCGACGCCUUCUGGUGCUUCGCGGGUUUCAUGGAGCUGGUGCACCAUAACUUCGAGGAGAGCCAGGAGAGCAUGAAACGGCAGCUGGCCCAGCUGGCGCUGCUGCUGCGCGUGCUGGAUCCGCCGCUCUGCGACUUCCUGGACUCGAAGGAAUCCGGCUCUUUGUGUUUCUGCUUCCGGUGGCUCCUGAUCUGGUUCAAGCGGGAAUUCGCCUUCGAGGACGUGCUGCAGCUCUGGGAGGUGCUGUGGACGGGGCUGCCCUGCCCCAGCUUCCACCUGCUGGUGGCCUGCGGGAUCCUGGACUCGGAGCGCGAGGCCCUAAUGAACUCGGGGUUCGGCUUCAGCGAGAUCCUCAAGCACAUCAAUGAGCUGACGAUGAAGAUGAAUGUGGAGGAGACGCUGAGCCGGGCCGAGGCUCUGUACAGACAGCUGGCGGCCAGCCCCGAGCUGCCGCGGAAUGUGCAGGAGCUUCUGGGGCUGGGGGGCCCCGCGGGGGGUAGCCCCCCAGCCACCCCCCCUCCGCCCCACUCGGCGGGCCCCGCCCCGGAGCUGGAGCUGAUGGGCAGCGUCUCACCCCCCCAGCCCGACAGCAGCAUCGAGAUCCUGCCCCCCGAGGAGCCCCCCACAGCUCGGAGCCCCCCGCCCUGAGCCGGACGCCGGGCUCCACCCGCCACUGCCGCCUCUUCACACAGCACUUUAAUGGGGGGGGCGGUGUCUGCUGAGGGGUCCCAGGGUGCCCCCGGGGGGCGUCGGGGCCAGACCUUGUUCCCAGGGUGCACUGGGUUCUGCUUCCGUCCCCGUGAGCUGGACGCCUGGGUUCCGGCCCCAGCUCUGGCGGGGGAGGGGUUCCUAUCACCCCACUGGCCCGGUCCCAUGAUCCUGGGGGCGGCCGGACUCCGGUGCCAUAUGGGGGAGCAGCAGCCCCGGCCCCAGCUGCCUGUGAGUAUCCUGGGCUGGAAGGGGAGGGGGCAGCCUGGGAGCCAGGACUCCUGGGUUCUCUGCAGCCCCAACCCCUGCCCCCCCCAGGGCUGCUCCACCCCAGCCCCAGGGGGCCCCCAUUGCUGCCCUGGGGCUCGCUGCUUUCGGCCACGUACAGAUCCCGAGCGGCUGGGGGUCCCUGCUCCCACCCCCCCCGACACUGACACCCCCUAACAGCAUCUGUCCGGGGUGCCCCGCCCCC